AUGCUGACGCGCACGGAGUUAAUGGACCCCUCGAUGAGGACCUUCUCCUCUGCUGAUGAUCAGCUGCUGCAACAGCAGCUCUUUGCUGCUCCUACGCUGCUCUCCUCCGCCAGCCGCCGUCUCCGUGUCCUGGAGGCUGAGACCCAGAUCCUGACGGACUGGCAGGACAAGAAGGGUGACCGGCGGUUCCUGAAGUUGAGCAAGGACCACGAUGUGGGCACCUCUGUCAAACACGGGAAGCCCAAGAAGCAGAAGUUGGAGGGCAAAGGGGGCCAUGGGACUGGGCCUGGCCCCGGCCGGCCCAAGUCAAAGAACCUGCAACCCAAGAUCCAGGAAUACGAGUUCCAGGAUGAUCCCAUUGAUGUGCCCCGCAUUCCCAAAAAUGAUGCUCCAAACAGGUUCUGGGCAUCGGUGGAGCCCUACUGUGCGGAUCUCACCAACGAGGAGGUCAGAGUUCUGGAGGAGCUGCUCAAGCCGCCAGAGGAUGAGGCUGAGCAUUACAAGAUCCCGCCGCUGGGGAAGCAUUACUCCCAGCGCUGGGCCCAGGAGGACCUGCUGGAGGAGCAGAAGGAUGGAGCCCGCGCAGCGGCUGCUGCUGACAAGAAGAAAGGCGUCCUGGGGCCGCUGACUGAGUUGGACACCAAAGACGUCGAUGCCCUGCUGAAGAAGUCGGAGGCCCAGCAUGAGCAGCCGGAGGAUGGCUGUCCCUUCGGGCCCCUGACGCAGCGUCUCCUGCAGGCUCUUGUGGAGGAGAACAUCAUCUCUCCGGUCGAGGACUCCUCCAUUCCUGAGAUCGCCGGCAAGGACUCGGGAGCCGACGGUGCUGGCACGUCUCCCCGCAGCCAGAACAAGCCCUUCAGUGUCCCCCACACCAAGUCGCUGGAGGGGCGGAUCAAGGAGGAGCUGGUGGCCCAGGGCCUGCUGGAGUCGGAGGACCGGCCGGCUGAGGACUCGGAGGA